AUGACCCGCUGUGGCACUCCCUGCUGGACCGCGACACAAACCAUGGAUAAGCCCGCCCCCGCCCCUCUCCGGAACUGGUCGGCGGUCUUGAGCCAGCCCGCCCCACCGCGCAAGCCGGUCGCGCCUGGACCCAGGCCAGUCAGCACGGUCGUAACCGGAGCGCAGCAGCCAUCUGCGCAGCCUCUCUCUCCAUCCGAGAUUAAAUUGGAAGAUGGAGAUGUGAAGAGCAGCAGCGGUAAGUCGCAGAAGUUGCCCAGCCGACCUUCGCUUGUGGAGCAGCAUCUGCAGCACCAGCAGCCCAAGCGCACCAUCCUGGUGCUGGAUUCGGGUGCCAUCAUCAAGGGCGUGCGCGUAGAGCGCCUGGGUACCGAAUUCUGGACCAUCGCCGAGGUGAUUGAGGAGAUUCGGGACCAGAGGGCUCGCGGCUACCUGCAGACCUUCCCCUACGAGAUCAAGACCACUGAGCCCGACCCCAGGGACAUGAAGGCUGUGGUCGAGUUUGCCAAGAAGACAGGUGACUACGCCAGCUUGUCUGCAGUCGAUAUGAAGGUCAUCGCCCUCACGCGCACCUUCGAACGCGAACACAACGGCGCCGACCACCUGCGCGCCGCGCCUCUCCCGCCCACACUCGUCGCGCGCAACAAGAAGACGCAGGCCGAGAAGCAGCAGAGCUCCAACGCGCAGUGGGGCGGCAACGUGGUGCAAACCGCCGCGCCGCAUUCCGGCGGUGGUCGCGGAGGCCGCGGUGGCCGGGGAGGUCGUGGCGGCGGUCGCGGUGGCGCACACCCGCACCCGCACGCUGGUGCUACCGGCGAGCCGGAGGCCAAGGAGACGGCGGCUGAGACCCUUGUCCCGGCGGCGGAGGUCGCGCCCGAAACUAAGGAAGGCGAGGCAGGCGCGCCCACGCAGGUCGAGGAGGCGAAGAACGAAAACGACAAGGUUGAGGUGAAGGCGGAGGAGGAGGCAAAGAGCGAAAGCGGAGAGGAGGUGAACACAAGCGCGUCUGAGACUGAUACGACGGACACUGAGCAGGCGGCGCCCGCGAGCGAGACAGCUGCGGCUGCUACCACCGGAGCUCCCACUGCCGACAGUGUCACCACCACCACAGCGGUCGACGCGUCGACGCCACCGCAGCAGAACACAGAGGGACAGGCGGAGAAGACACAGCGGAAGCCGAGGAAGAAGAAGAACAACAACAACGGGCCUGCCCACGGCGCCACCCAGCAGCCGGGCAGCCACCCGUCGUCGCGACGCAACAGUACCACUCCGGCACCACCGGCGGUCGACGAUGACAACGCUGGCUGGAUCACGCCGGACAACAUUGGGCAGAUGAAGCGCUCGGCGUCCAAGGUGGCGAGCCUCGACGACCUGGCGCAGCGCGCCAAGGUGGGCGUGGCCUGCAUCACCACCGACUACGCCAUGCAGAACGUCAUCAUCCAGAUGGGCCUGCAUUUGCUGUCGACCGAUGGUAUGGUGAUCAAGAGACUCCGAACUUAUCUCCUCCAAUGCCAUGCGUGCUUCAAGACGACGAAGGAGAUGGAGAAGGUGUUCUGCCCGAACUGCGGCCACCAGACGCUGCGCAAGGUGCCCUACAUGCUGGACGAGCGCACCGGCCAGCCGGUCCUGCUGGCCAAUCGCGUGUCGCGCCCGGUGUCGGCCCGCGGCACCAAGUUUUCGCUGCCGCUGCCCAAGGGCGGCCGGCAAGAGCAGAAGCUCAUUCUGCGCGAGGACGAGCUGCUCGAGCAGACGCGCCGGCGGAAGAAGAAGAACAAGGACGGCGACGACAUCUUCGACGAGGACCAGAGCUAUCUGCAGCCGCGCGCCCAGAGCCAGGCCAAGUACGUGGUGGGCAAGCUCCGCAAGAACCCCAACGAGAGCCGCCACCGCACGGGCAAGCGCAAGAAGAACUCGGGCGCGCUCAACUAA